CAACUAGCCCUACAAAGAAAACAAGUCUCUCUCAGGUGUGGUUUUAUUCUGGAGUUAAGACUGUGCCACUGAACCUGCUCAUUCUAGUCUGUAUUAGAACUGGUCAGAUAUGAAGAUCGCCUCGUUUAACGCACAGAGGUUCGGACAGACCAAAGUCUCAGAUCCAGACGUCCUGUCAGCUCUUGUCAAGAUUGUGUCACGAUACGACAUCAUAGUGAUUAUUGAGGUGGUGGAUGUGACCGGAGCUGCUGUCAAACUGUUCUUAAAAGAACUAAAUGAAGUCAACACGACCCAUCACUAUGCUCUGCAGCUCAGUGUCCGCCUGGGGAGGAACAGAUACAAGGAGCAGUUUUUGUUCCUUUACAGGGAUGAUGUUGUUGAUCUGGUUGACAGCUAUCAAUAUGAAGACAACCAAGUGAACGACAUGGAUGCCUUUGCCAGAGAACCAUAUAUUCUCCGCUUUAAACCACACAACACAGUGCUGAAGGACAUAGUGCUGAUCCCGGUCCACACCAAGCCGUGGGACUCUGAGAGAGAGCUGGAUGAGCUGUAUGAGGUCUGUCUGGUCGUCAAAGACAAAUGGAAGACUGAUAACAUAAUGAUCCUGGGAGAUUUCAAUGCAGAUGGUGUGUACGUCACCCCUAAGGAGAUGCAGGAGAUUCGCAUCCGCAGCGACAAGAAUUUCCAUUGGCUAAUCCGUGAUGACGUGGACACGAUGGCAAGAACGUCAAACGAACACACCUACGACCGGAUUGUUGUGUAUGGAGAAGAUAUGCUUACAGCCUGUGUGCCAAACUCAGCCAAGCCAUUUCAUUUCCACAAAGAGUUUGCUAUGACUGAAGAAAAGGCCCUGAGGGUGAGCGACCACUACCCUGUGGAGGUAGAGUUACAUAAAGCCCCUCCUUUCUGGAUGACAAAGAGCAACCGAAGAUGUGACAGUGUUGAUUCAUCAGUUCACAGAGCUGCCACAGAAAGUCUGCAGGAUGAUGUGUUGAAAAUGCAGAAGGAAAACCUCCUGCUGGAGCGAGAAAAACUUCAACUACUGAUCACUUUAUUAAAACAGCGGCUUUCCACACUCAAGCUGGAACAAUGACAAGAUCUCAAACACGACUGAUUUUGCUAAGCUGUAUUUUUUAAAUAAAUAAUGGUUUCACAAAUGAAAGGUGUCCUUUUUAUAUGUAUCUAAUCAGAUAAAUAUCAGUGGAUGAAACAUCGUGGCCUGACUGUAUUUAAGGUUUGUCUGGCCCCAGUGAGAGGAAUGGUGUGCACUGGGGAGGGAUAUGGUUCACUUGAGAUUUCUUGACCACAUAGAAUUUCAUUUGACCUCCUAAAGACUGCUCUAGUAGUUGAGGCCGUUCCAUCAGGUCAGGUGCAAUAAUUAUAUAGGAAUGUUGUUAGGUUUGCACCAAGAUGCAUUUAUUUCGCAAACCCAGCUGAACUGGUAGAAAUGUGUCUCUCAAUAGACACAAAACAUUUAUGCAGUUUUCAAAGAGAUCCUGUCUAAAUUCCAUAUUCAGCAUUUUGCAUUCAGUUUGUAAUAUAUGUUGGAAGAAGGUUACUAUGCAUUAUCAUAAAUAUCUAAUUGUUAUUAAAGUUAAGGAAGUGUCAUUCACAAUUGUCAUGAACAUUA